GGCGUCCAAGCUUUAACCAGCCCAGCGCCUAGGGGAACUGAAAUCACCUAGCGCCCGCCCAGCAGGUGGUUGUCCGUGAACCAAGCCCCGAACCAAGCUCCAGACCCAACUAAUUAACAAAGGAAGUAGUACCUAAUGCGGUCCCCUAAACGGUCCUUCGCACGUACCUAAUUGUUUAUCAGCGGCUAACCUGUCGACAGCCCACCAACGUCUUUUUCAAAUUGACAUUCAGCUUCACUUCUUGCCUUCAACCCUUCAACUCCUCCCAGAUAUCUUUACCGCUCCCUUUUCUGACUUCUGACUACCAUAGUUGGUCAUCAUCCCCUGCUCGUCGCGUGCCCUGAGGCUGGCACUGCGAUUGCGACUCACAAACCCCUCGCCCCCCCCAAGCGCCCAUCACGGACCCAGCCCAUCCCAUCCUCCUCUGCCCUAUCGGUGAGUUUCCCGUGGCAUUUUUGACGCACGGCACACGCAAUCCCCUUCAAGCAGCAAGUAUCAGCACGAACCAGCACAAGACCUCGUACCCUUGCACUGCAUCUUCGGUGCCUGAGAACCAUCCAAAAAAGAGCUGGGUCACGUAAGAGGCGCGCGUCGGCCCUCCCAGGAUCGAUCACUCAUCCCGGGUCACAGCCCACCGUCACCCACCACCCCCGUCGUCCAUCGUCUGAGAAAUCAAACUUCCUCUUUCUCCUUUUCGCGAAUAACAAUGCGCCCUGGGCCAUGUGCCCAAAACCCAUCGCGCAUACUCUUUGAUAGCAUUUGGCGAACCUGGCUUCCAGAACCCUCUUUUCCCUCACACCAGGUUUCGCCAUCCCCCCUUCUCCUGUCCGCCUUCGCCCGAUAGCGUCAACGAUCUUGGUCGUACAUUCCUGAACCCUUGGCUGACUUGAACAGCAACCUGGAACCAGGAUUUCCGGGGUCCGAUUUUGACCUCGCCGCCUUAGCCGAUUCAUCCGCCCUGCCGGCCUACAACUACAAGUUUCAGCUGUGCUCCAGCCUCACUCAAAUUUAACGACCAUCAUCCACCCCAGCGCAGAGCCCAUUCCCUGAAACCUCCCUAUUUUCGCACAAAGCAAUGGAAAUCGACCGUCGCCAUCUUUGUCUGUGAUCCCUUCUUGAUCCGCUUGCUCUUUGCCGUCGUUCCGUCACAAUGCGUCCCAACUUGCUCAAACGGGCACACAGCCAUAACAAACAGACGCUGAAUAAUCUAUUGCAUUCGCGGAACACUUCGCCACAUCCUCAGGGCGAUACCAUCUCCGGCCAUAAGCAGAUCGAGGAGGAGACUCUUCCCAAGUACAAUCCAGACCACUGGUACCCGGUGCGGCUGGGUGAAGUGUUGCACCAUCGCUAUGAAAUCCUCGUCAAACUUGGCUUUGGCAUGACGGCCACGGUCUGGCUUGCCAGGGAUCUCCAGGCUGACGGAAAUGCCGGGAAUCACAAAUAUGUCACCAUCAAAAUUAACGUCAACACCCUCGGCGAAGACUUCCAAAAAGGCCGACGAGAGAUUGCACAGAAGCUAUUCUCGGCCAACCCCAAACAUCCGGGGUAUGGCCAUGUCCGAUUCAUGCUCGACACCUUCAAGCUCAAGGGAAAACAUGGCGACCAUUUGUGCAUCGUGUACGAUGUUCUCCGUGAACCCAUCGAUUUGUGCAUGGAAAAAUUCCCCGGCAGGCGAUUCAGCUGUGGGAAACUCCGCGUCUUGCUCCCGGCUCUGUUACAGGGUCUGGACUACAUGCAUUCCGAGUGUCAUGUUGUGCACACCGAUCUGAAAGCCGACAACAUCAUGAUGGGACUGGGCGACCCCAACAUUCUCGACCACUUUGUACAGCACCAAGUGGAACACCCGGCACCCCGAAAGGCGCCCGAUAGCCAUGGCCGGGUCAUCUACACAUCUUGCAGUGACUUUGGGGAGCCGCCGAACGAGGCUGUGAUCGCAUCCGCCAAGAUCACCGACAUUGGCCUGGCAGCAUGGGGAGACGAGAAAAACACGAAGCCUAUCCAGUCUAAUGCAUUUAUGGCGCCCGAGGUCAUCUUACAGGCCGGUUGGUCCUAUCCGGCCGACAUCUGGAAUCUGGGAGUCAUGUUGUGGGAUUUGUUUGAGCAUUUUGGACUAUUUGAUCGGAUAGAUACGAAACCUGGCCACUACCAUCCCGAGCAGCACCUAGGUCUAAUGAUCGCCCUGCUAGGUCCUCCACCCAAAGAUUUCCUCAAGCGCUGUGCCAAGGCACCAGUCUAUUUCGAUGCGGACGGCCAAUUCAAGUUUCCCGAUUACAUCGAGGAACACACAUUUGAAUCCUCCAUUGUGAGGCUGAAGGGGGAAGAGAAAGAUUUAUUUAUUGAUUUCGCGAAGAAGAUGAUCACGUGGGUGCCUGAAGAUCGAUGGACCGCCAAACAAUUACUGGAACAUCCUUUCCUGACCAAGGAGCGAGACUUUGUCUCAGCCACGCCGAGUCUCAGCAGAGCCUCUACAGCCUCGAUGAGCUCGAUGAUUCCCUCGCGAGCAGUCACACCGGGCAUUCCUGGCUCAAGUUCACCAAAUUCAGGACCGAAUACCUCGCCUAAAUCACUGCCUCAAAACACAUCAAUGCUCCCGCCUCGGCUUCUGGAGCUGGUACCGUCCCUUGCCUCGACAGAGAGCGCAGAGACCAAGACGGAAAAGCUUCCUACAAAUGACGAGAGGUCUUCAUCGAGGACCUCCCUUUCAUUAAGGCCAAAAAUGGAGAGUGUUGUAGAGUCCCACAAUGAGCCGGACGUCGAGACCCCCAAUCCUAAGCGCCUGUCGGCGAAUACGGCGAACAAAUGCUCGCAGGACAUCAUCGACGCCAUCCUCAGCAAGGGCAAAAAUCACCGGGUAGAACCAGAAGCCAAGUGACCGAGCUGAGUCGCGUGAUUUCAAUGCCGCGGGAUUCCCCCAUUGACUGUUCGUCGUUCCGCCAACACCGCGGUUCCAUGAAUAUAUCAACCACAGUUUUCUGAAAUUGAGUGUCCGCAAUUAGGCCCUUCGACGGUGAUUUUCCAUUGGCCUUCUGUCAAUAAGUGUGCUCGCCGGGGUAUCGGGAUUGACAUUGCAAAAAGGCUUGUGUGAUGGAUGGUCUUGGUCGAUGCGAUGGAGCGUCUCGGAUGUGGCCUCGGCAGAGCGAGGGCAUAUGGCCGAGACGGACAUACAGAACAGGUUGAGGAAGUGCUACGGAGGGAGGUAUAGAAACUCUGAUGCAUUUUGUUUGAGCGGGAGGUCGCUGGCUGGUCUCGCCCAAUUUGACUGCCCUUGUUCGGCAGAAGCUACAUAACUUAAUUGAUACCCCUCAAAAGUCUGA